UCUGCCAUCUUCAACUUUCAGAGUCUGCUGACUAUAAUCUUGCUGCUCAUAUGUACCUGUGCCUAUAUCAGAUCCUUGGCUCCCAGCUUACUGGACAAAAAUAAAACUGGACUAUUGGGAAUAUUCUGGAAAUGCGCCAGGAUUGGUGAACGGAAGAGUCCUUACGUGGCUGUGUGCUGUGUCGUGAUGGCCUUCAGCAUUCUGUUUGUACAGUAG